CUAGAUAAUAAAUUUGAUAUUGCUUUAUGGCUAGCACACCAUAAAAGGAUAUUAGAUUUGGCAACUAACAUUAGAAAUGAAAUAAUAACAAGAAUAAAUGAAGUGUUUGAUGCAACUUCAAUAUCUACUCUAUUAUAUGAACCUGUAUUAAAACUUUCGGAAAUUAACCAA